AUGGAAGUGGACGCCCCCUCGUUCCCCCACCACCUGCUCGCCCUGCUCAUCCACAUCUCCGAGGCCGACUUCGUCUCCUUUGACCUCGAGCUGUCCGGCAUCCCCUCACAUCUACCCAGCAAGAAACCCCGCGCUGGACGACUCACCCUUGAAGACCGCUAUGCUGAGACCAAGGAAGGCGCCGACCGCUACCAGAUCCUUCAGGUCGGCCUGACAUGUGCCAAGUUCGACUACGUCGCCAACCAGUACGUCCUGCGGCCCUUCAACAUCAACCUCAGCCCCCUGCUCGACGAGCGCCUGGACUUUGAGCGUGAGAUCAGCUUCCAGAGCGGCGCGUGCACCUUCCUGCUCGGCUGCGGAUUCGACCUUGGCGCGCCAUUUGCAAAGGGCGUGCAGUAUCUGUCUCGAGAGGAAGCCGUGCGGGCAAAGCGCCUGGCCUACGACCGCAUCGACAAGAAAAACCCCAUCUCGGACCUGCAGCUCAAGGACACCGAUACUGAGUCCCUCGAUUUUGUGCGGCGCUGUCGUGACGCCAUCACCGCAUGGCAGAAAACCACCUCCUCCAGUCUGGAAAUCACCUCGUCCACUGGCUCGCCAAUUGCAGCAUCCACCUUCACGAUCUCGCGGUUCGAGAAGAGGCUCGUCCACCAGCUGGUCCGCGCAGAGUUCCCCAACGCCGUCGCCAUUGGCCGGAAUGACUGCAUACGGAUCCUGCCCUUCGACGCUGAGCGCGAGGCCGACAACACGCGGCGCAUCAAGAGCCGUGUUAAAGAGCAGAUCGCCCGCCAGACAGGUUUCCGCUGGAUCUUCGAGGCGCUGGUCGGGGGAGAAGUCAACCCGGACCUCCUCUACAUCACCCGGGGCAGUGCCGGCGUCGACGGGAGAGACCGCUUUGACCGCGCGCUAGCCAGGCUCAAGACGAAGCAGCCGGUGCUGGUGGGCCAUAACAUGUUUACUGAUGUUGUGUAUCUGUACCGCACGUUCGUCGGUCCGCUGCCCGACACGCUCGCCGGCUUCAACGACGCGCUGCACGAGCUGUUCCCUAAGAUCAUCGACACAAAGUACCUCGCCACACAUGCAGAAGGCGAUCUGAACGCGAGCCCUACUCUGGAGGAGAUUGCCAAGGGCCUGCAGGACCAGCCGCUGCCGAGCAUCGUCACGCACGAGGAGCAUGGGAAGUACAACGACAUGGAGGCCUUCCACGAGGCUGGGUACGACAGCCUCCUCACAGCGACGAUCAUGUUAAGGCUAGCGGCGAAGCUGGGCUCUGAGAGGAAGACCGACGAACCAAGGCCACCGCUGCAGCGCGAGGCCUCAGAGGGCGGUAUUAGACUGCCAACCCCCGCAGACGACUUCAUCAUCGACGGCCGUGAGAAAAUCCAGCACCCCGUCAGAGUGCCCCCCACGUCUGCAACAAACGGCAAGAAGAAGCGCAGCAAGAGCAAGAAGGCUGCAGCAACGACAAAGUUCGAGACCAAAAACCUCUUCGACAACCUCAAAGCGCUGUCCAUGGACGACCAAACCAGCUCCUCCGACGAAGAAGCAGAGCCCACCGCGAACGGUCACUGGGCUGACGAAGUCUUCGUCCAGGACAAGACGGGCUGGGUGCCGGUCAAGAAGAUGACCCGGCAGAAGCUGGAGCUGAUACCGCCCUUCGACGACGCCUUCUGGGCCACCUUCGGCAACAAGCUAAGGGUGUUUGGCACAGAGGAGCGCGAGAUGCGGAUAGCAGGCUGGCCGAAGCGAGUGUAA